UCAUGGCUGAAAGGAGAUCCUGGAUCUGGUUCCAUGCUUUUAAGUCGUUGCUUCUCGACAUCCAAAAGUGUCUACGGCGGCAGGACGCCUCCAGGUCGCCUUCUCUUAGAGGAUUUCUGGUUACAUCCCACCAGGAGGAGACCCCUGGGGCAGAUUCAGAUCGCUCGCUUGGGAACGCCUUGGUCCUUGCUUCUAUUUGGCCGGAUCAUGGAAAAACAAAGAUUUACUUUACCCUCCUGGUCAUCUAACAGGAAAUGGCUUUUUAUAUGAAUGUCAUCUUUAUAACUACAUGUGACCUCUCAGAAAUGUGACCUUUGAUCUAAGGUCUGAGGAGACUUUACUGAAAGACAGACAAAUGUGUGUCUCGGCUCACCGGAACGUCUGGAACACGGAGCCUUUCCAUGAAAACUGUUUUCAUGUCUCGUCUUUUUUUAACAUUAGAUCUAAAGAAUCUGAACUUUUCUAACAAAAACCUCUUCAGCUCUGAGCUAAACGUGCAGAAGUGGAAGUGCAGUUCCAAACCUCUCCACCAGGAGGGGCUAGAGUCCAGGUCAUGCAGUCUGCUCCAACCAUCAUCUACUUUGACUCCGACUCGAGAGUAUAGUUUUAGAUUGGCCCUGCUGGAUCAGGACCGACUACCGGGGGUUCGGGUUAAUGUGCGUGUGUGUGAAGGCCGAGGGUGGGAUCAAUCGAUCAAACUUUAUUUGUACAGCACUUUUCAUACAAAAGAAAAUGCAGCUCAAAGUGCUUAACAGAUUAAAAUGACCCAAUAGAACCCAUAUUGCCGUCCCUUCCCCACACAUAGAAAAACAACUGUGACAGUUACACCCCCCAUCUCACAACCCAUUUGCCAGUCACACACACAAAACCUAAAAAACAGCCUAAGUAAACACUAGGCUUGGUUCAGAUGGGUUAGGAGCUGAAUGACACACCACCAGGUUAGCCAUCUGCCUUGGCAGUAGUUGAUCAACAGCAGCAGCCAAGGCACCGACCCAGGGAGGGAGGGCAGAAACCAUCGCCUAAGCACACCCCUAGGAGCGCCCAGGCCGCCGCAGUCAAGUCGUGAACUUUAAACCCUGUUUAACCACCCCCUGUCCCGGCGGGGUCACCUGAUCGGAAAGUGAAAGGGUUAAAAACACGAAUAUUCUCUACAGCCCUGAGGUCCUCUGGCAGCCUGUUCCAGAUACGAGGGCCAUAGAACUGGAAGGACGCCUCGCCAUGGGUAUGUGUCCUGACUUCUGCAAUCACAAGGAGUCGGCUGCCAGAGGAGCGCAGAGGCCGCGAGGGUUUGUAAGACUACAUCCCUCCUGAAACCAAGAGUUAUACCCAGACACAUGGUUUCAGCUCCAGGUCCAUGAUAAACACGCCCACCCGCAUCAUGGCUGUGUCCGCUGUACCUCCCCAAACCUCUGGGUUCUCGUCCCGCUCUGAUGUCACGAGCAGCUCCAGGCUGAGACAUAAGGAAACCAGCACAGUCCAAAGCAGCUUCCAGGUGCACGGCAGAAGCAGGCGCUCAAAGUCCCUUUGCCAGGAAGACCAAUUUCCUGUGACUGGGGCUUUUCACCCAGAGAGCCCCUCCGUCCCGUCCUCCGUUCCCCUGUCUGGUGACCUCAGACGCAGCCUGAGUGGAAUACUGGCCCAAGAAAGAAGCCAGUGGCAGCAGGAGGAGGCACUACCCUACCAGUACACCUACAGAGGCCCGUCUCACCGCACCAUCAGCCGGAUCACCAACAGGCAGCAGUACUACCAGCAUCAGAGCGCUGGUUCCGGCCAGGAGGGCUGGGUGGGCAACGGGAGGGGCUUCCACAGUGCAGGUGACUGCUGGGGGGCACAGUGGCAGCAGCAGCCAACAUCCAGGGCCAACAACAUCAUGUCCCAGAAUGCUUCACUGCAGCGGGCCGCCUCGCUCCGCUCUCUGAGGAGUGUUGGUAAAGGAGCAGAUGUUCUGGACACAGCGUCCAUCCACAGCAACGAUCCACUGGCAGAGAUGCAGAGUCUGGACAUGACCACAGCAGUCAGAUAUCUGUCUGAGUCCGAGACAGCUCUGCAGGUUCUGGGCACUGCUUACAUACAGCACCAGUGUUACCAUAGCAACGAUGCCAAAAACCAAGUUCGAGCCCUCGGAGGUAUCCCAGCUCUGGUGCGCCUGUUCUCCAGCGAAAGUCUGGAAGUCCAGCGUUAUGCUACUGCAGCUACGAGGAACCUCAUAUACGAGAAUGCUGACAACAAAACCACCCUCAUCGAGGCAGGCGGACUGAUGCCUCUGGUAAACAUCUUGAACCAACCAGACGAAGAGCUGCGGAAGACAAUAACAGGUGUCCUCUGGAAUCUGUCCUCCAGAGACAGUCUGAAGGAGAGGCUGGCGAUCGAAGCUUUGUCUCUGCUCACUGAAAAGGUUUUGGUUCCACUGUGCAAGAACCUCCCAUUGAACCCAUCUGAGAGGGAGAUUUUCUACAACACCACCGGCUGCCUCAGAAACCUGAGCUCCAUAAAUGAGAGGACGAGGAGGAAGAUGAGAGCCAUGCACGGGCUGGUAGACUCUCUGGUGUGCUACAUUCAGCAGGAAGAAAGGGGAGAUGAUAAGGGUUUGGAGAACUCGUUGUGUGUGAUGAGGAAUCUGUCGUUCCAGCUGUACUCGGAGCUUCCGCCCUCAGUUCGCCUCCAUCUAGAAGGCCCGUCAAGAGCUUCUGUCUCCAGAGACAGUGACACCAUCGGCUGCUUCACUCUGCACAGCAAAAAGGCCACUGAGCAGCGGUACCAGAACCUGUCCUUGCUGCCCCACCCGAAGGGGGCUGACUGGCUGUGGCACCCUAAGGUGGUGGGGCUGUACAAACUGGUGCUACAGAACAGUGAGAACAGUUCAACGAGCCGUGAGGCCGCCCUCGGAGCUCUGCAGAACAUCACGGCAGGAGAGUUUAGGUGGUCGUCUGUGUUGAGCUGUGUGGUGAUGGACCAGGAGAGGAUGUUGCCCAUCCUGCUGGACCUGUUAGAUACCAGCAGUGAAAUGCAGCUGAAACCUCUGACGGGUCUGCUCAGAAAUCUGGCCAGACAUUCCACCAACAAAGAGCACAUGGCUAAGAACGUGGUGAAUGUUCUGGUGUCCAAGUUGCCCAGUGAUGGUUUUCAGAAGAGCCCAUCCAGUGAGGUAGUAGUCAACAUCUGCGGGGCCUUAAACCACCUGGUCGCCUGCUGUUCUUUGGCUGCCCGAGACAUUGCCUACUUCAAUGGCCUUCCCAAGCUUCAGGGCAUCAAGACGUCCCACGACAACAGUUCUGGGAGUCUAAAAGCUGCCAGAGCUGCUUCAACCAUCCUCAGCAACAUGUUCCAGUACAGCAAGCUGCACAGAGAUUACAAACUGACUGCUGCUUCUGGACGCUGUGAUAUCCCUCAGAGGGUGGACAUCAACACAGACUGUACAUCCUGUGCCGCCGUCCUUACAGCCAGCUGUCCUCAUGGUUUUACUAAAGUGGGCUCCACCAACUGCAGCUACGUGGUGCAAAUUGGCAACAGGGAGGUUGAGCUGCAGGGGUGUCAGCAUGUCUGUGUGAAGACUGUCCUUCAUCAUCAAUGCUGCGUGGGACACUGGGGUCCUUUGUGUCUCCCCUGUCCCAGCUGGUCGGGCAGGACCUGCAACUUCAAUGGAGUGUGUUCGGAUGGCAACUUGGGUAACGGCACCUGUGUCUGCAACGAGGGCUUUUCUGGCUUCGCCUGUCACAAGUGCAGAAGCCCAAAUACUUUUGGGGAAAAGUGUGAUAAAGAGUGUGACUGCAUGAAUGGAGUGUGUAACCAAGGUCCUGAUGGCGAUGGAGUGUGUUUGUGCCAGCCACCAUUCUCUGGAAAGCGAUGUGACCGAGUCAACAGCAGGUGCAGUAGCUGUGGCCCCUUCUCCUACUGUAAAGGAGAUGGAGAUGAUGCUGAAUGUGCUUGUUUACCCGGUCACCGGAAGAUGUUACACAAUAAAUGUUCAGCUGUUUGUUCGCAGGCCAGCUGUGACGUCAACGCCCGGUGCUCUCUACAGGGGUCAAAGGUCAAAUGCACCUGUAAGGCCAACUACGAGGGUGAUGGCAGGAUCUGCGUACCAAGAAAUCCCUGCUUGGAAAACAAUGGAGGGUGUCCCAUCAAUUCCACAGUGUGUGUCUUCAGGGGUCCAAACAAUUUCAGCUGUGAGUGCAUGUCAGGCAUGUUGCCUGUAGGGGGCAGUAUCGAGUCAGGAUGCCAGCUGCAGUCAGCCUGCUCACCUGAUACCUGUGACCCAACAGCAUUGUGUCAGACCCACCUGGAUGGGAAACCCAGAUGUGUGUGUGAGUUAGGUCACAUUGGAGACGGCAGGCGUUGCUACGGUGACCUGAUGGAGCGCCUAACGGAGCUGGACUCGAGCGGCGGCCUGAAGGGGAACCUGACGGGAGCAGUGGCGUUGUUCGAGAGAGGAUGCUCAAAGGUUCUGAGGCGGUCUGGACCCUUCACAGCUUUCUUCCCUCUGCUGAAGGAUCCUCUGACUGGUGUUAAGGAAGAGGUAGUGUGUAAAAACCACCUUAUCCUGGGUCAGCACCUCCUCAGAGACCUGCAGGGACGAGACUUUCAUCUUUAUGGAGGAGAACAACUAAGGGUCAAUGUCAACAAGAGGCUCAUCCUACUGAACAACCCUAGCCAGGUGUACUCCAUCAUCCAGUCAGACUUGCCAGGGGCUAACGGGAUUAUCCACAUCAUUGACCGGCCACUCACGUUGUCUGACACUUCCCGCGAGGAAUACCAGUUUUAUGACCAGACCAUUGGGGAGAUUCUGACCAAGGACCAAAAAUUCAACCGCUUCCUGUCUUUGGUUGAUAACUGUGGGGCACCUCCUCCUCUACGUGGACCAGGUCCAUUGACGGUUUUUGUCCCCACCAACGAGGCUGUGGACCGAGCUCGAGACGGGAGCAUCCUGUAUAUGCUGAACGACGCUAAAUCUAAACUACAGGAGCUGCUCAGACACCAUGUUUUCUCCCAUGCCUCGCUGACAGUAGAUGAAAUGGCUACUCUUCCUCAUAUUCAAACAAUGGCCAAUCAGCUGGUUUCCAUCACCUUGUCUGACAACGGUCAGAUCAUGCUGGGGGAGAAGCUCAUCCCUCUGGCCACCACAAACAUCAUGGCGUCUAAUGGAGUCAUCCACAUGAUUGACGGGCUGCUUUACCCGACCUCCAUCCUGCCCAUCCUUCCUCACCGCUGUGAUGUGACUGACAGUAAAAUCAUCAUGGGACCGUGCGUUCACUGCAGCUUCCUCAAGGAGACUCGGUGUCCAGAAGGCAGUGUUGAGCUGCACAGCCAUCAGACAGGAUGUGAAUACACCCAACUUACUCUUAAAUACACCAGCAGUAAAGGCUGCGCCAAAUACUGCAACACAACCAGACAGGUACCUGAGUGCUGUAAAGGGUUCUACGGCCCGGACUGUAAACCGUGUAUUGGAGGUUUCCAGCAUCCCUGCUAUGACAAAGGAUCAUGCUUCGAUGGUAUCCAUGGCAACGGCUCAUGCAUCUGCCACUCUGGAUUCAAAGGUUUUGCCUGCCACAUCUGUGCCGAUCCAGCCAAACAUGGAGAGAGCUGUGAUGAAGAAUGCCAUUGUGUCCAUGGUGUGUGUGAUAACCGUCCUGGCAGUGGCGGAGCGUGUCGAAGAGGAUCUUGUCUGAACGGAUACUCAGGAGAGUUCUGUGACAAAACGGCCACGCCUUGUAACGCCGACGGCCUGCUGCAACACUGCCACAUCCACGCCUACUGCACUCACACAGGGCUGGACACAACGUGUGUCUGCAGGUACGGCUAUGAAGGUGAUGGUCACUCCUGUUCGCCCAUCAACCUGUGCCUGAAGAGCAGCCGAGGAGACUGCGACACCAACGCAGAGUGUGUGUUUGUGGGUCCAGGUAACGUGUCGUGCGUGUGCUCUGAAGGCUGGACAGGUGACGGUAAAGUUUGUGUGGAGAUCAACAACUGUCAGCUGGAUGGCAGAGGAGGCUGCAGCCCAAACGCCGACUGUAAUCACAUCGGACCCGGACAGAGUGAGUGUGUCUGCAAGACGGGCUAUAUGGGCAACGGGAAAGUGUGUGAUCUUAUCAGCCCCUGUCUCACCAAUAACGGAGGCUGCCACGACCUGGCAAAAUGUGAGCAGAGAGAAGGUAGAGUCCACACCUGUACUUGUCCUGAUGGCUACGCUGGAGAUGGAAACCUCUGCUAUGGAUCAUUACUGGAUGAGCUGGACAUGAAUACCAAGCUGCACAACUUCUACAAAUUGAUCCAGAAGUUCAGCCAGUCCUCUCAGGACCUCAGUGGGAACAUCACAGUACUGGUUCCAUCUCAUGACGUUCUGAACAACAUGAGUACAGCUGAUAACGUAUUCUGGACCAGCCGACACCGCCUGCCUCACUUUCUGCGAGCUCACUUCUUGGUGGGAAUCUAUUCAGUUGAAGAUCUGGAAGGUUUGGUGGGAAGCAAGAUUCCCACUCUGGACCCCUCCAUCCAGUGGGAAAUCAGAAAUGUCAGUGGGACGAUCCAGAUUGGAAAUGCAUCCAUUGUGAUCCAUAACCUGCCUGCAAUCAAUGGCUACAUCCACGUCAUUAAUCAGAUUAUGGUGCCAUCCUGUUCAGAUCUCCCUCCUGACCCUCCAACCUUGAUGGCUUUCCUGAAUUCAUCCUCCAACUUCAGUCUGAUCCAGCGAUAUGCUCUGAUGUACAACCUGUCAGACCGGCUGAAGGGUUUGGAUUUUACUCUCCUUCUGCCAACUGAUGAGGCCGUCAGGCACCAUCUCAGCAGGACAAACUCAUCAGUUUUGGACUCAGAUUCGUUUCUGUACCACGUGAUUCCCAAUGAACUGCUUCUUCCUGAGCACCUGCAUGAUGGCCUGUUGAAGAGCACUCUGCUGGGCUCCGACUACCAGGUCCAGUUCCACCUUAACAUCAACCAGAUGGUUGUCAACAAUGUUCCUUUGAAUGACAGCUUCAUCGAGACACAAUAUGGCCUCAUCUUCAUCCUUCCAAAGGUGCUCAAAGUUCAACGCAACAGAUGCAGCCGACAGGUCACCUUGCAGGUCAAGGGAAUAUGUUCUGACUGUGAUGGAGCUCCUCGGUGCCUCUUCAACUACAUCCCAAUCAAAGAGAAAUUUCCCCCCAACAUGAAGCCCAACUGUGUGUUCAGGAAGCGGGUUGGCUCCAGAAGGAGGUCUGUGUCGGGCUGUAUGAUCACAUGUCUUCGCCUCACCACGGAUCACUCGUGUUGUCCUGGCUUCUAUGGCCAUGAAUGCUUCAAAUGUCCUGGAGAGAAUGACAACUGGUGCUCUAACCAUGGAAAGUGCCAGGAUGGUAACCAUGGCAAUGGAGAGUGUCGUUGCUAUGAGGGGUUCCAUGGCACUGCUUGUGAGGAUUGUGAGCCAGGCCGCUAUGGAGUCAACUGCUCAUCCAAGUGUGUGUGUGACCAUGGGAAGUGUGAAGACGGUUUAGCAGGAAGUGGCAAAUGUGUUUGUAUCAAAGGUUGGAAAGGAGCAUCGUGUUCUGUGGAGAUCAAGGAUGAUGCCUGCAGAGGUGUGUGUGAUGACAAUGCAAACUGCAUUACAGGACCCAAGGGAUCAGCAGCUGCUUGCGUGUGUGCCGCUGGAUACGAGGGGAAUGGAACCUUCUGCAAAGAGCUGGAUGUGUGCGGCAGGUCUAAUGGUGGAUGUUCUGAGUUUGCAGUCUGUACAAAGCUCUCAGGUGGAGAAAGGACCUGCACCUGUAAGGCGGGAUACACGGGAGACGGAGUCGUCUGCCUGGAAAUCGAUGGCUGUCUGGUCAACAAUGGUGGCUGCCACAGGGCAGCGGACUGCAUCAGAACUGGACCCAAUGUUACAUCCUGCAGAUGUCGGACGGGUUUUUCUGGAUCAGGGAAGCUCUGCUUCCCUGUCAACCCCUGCAGAACCAACAAUGGUGACUGCAGUAAGUUUGCACGCUGUGAGUACCUGGGUCAGGGCCGGAGGAACUGCACCUGCUUCAGAGGCCAUGUGGGGGACGGCUUCGUUUGCAGAGGAACCAUCAAGGCAGAGGUGACCCGUCAGUCAGAGAACGCCUUUUUUCGCCAGAUGCUGUGGAUGUCAGGCUACUCUGGUCUCCAUGACGAUGGUGUGUACACCCUUUUUGUUCCACUGGAGGGAGCCAACAACCAAUCCACUGUUGAAGAGUGGAGGAGGUCCGGUCGUCUGGAGCAUCUAAUUCUUUACCACUUGGUUCCGUGUGAAAUUCUAACCUUAAGUGAUCUCAAAACCAGUGUACGGGCAAUCUCUGUGUCAGGAUACACACUGUACUUCAGCCAGCAGCAGGGUUCAGUCUGGAUCAACAAUGUGUCGAGGAUAGUGAAGAGUGAUUACACUGCAAGUAAUGGAGUCAUUCACCACAUAGACACGAUGCUGACUCCCUACAAGCUCAAGGACAGACCACAGCUUCAGCCUAAAAUGAUGAACUUCAGCACAGCAGCAACCGUAUAUGGCUACAGACGCUUCUAUCAACUUAUUAAGGAUGCUGGUUUGCUUCCAGUGCUCCAGAUGUCCAUCCAUCAGCCAUUCACCUUCUUUUGGCCGACUGACAAAGCCCUUAACUCCCUGCCUACUGAAAGGCAACGCUGGCUCUAUAGCCCCAACCACCAGGACCAGCUCACUGCCACCAUCAAAGCUCACAUCAUACGAAACUCCAAGCUGACAGACAUUGGUCAGCCAAGGAAAUCUUCGACAUAUCGGACCAUGCACGGGUCACUCGUCAAGUUAAGCUGCGACAGGACGCUGGUGGGUGGAGUUUUACUUAAUGACAACUCAGCCAGGCUGGUGGAGCGCUACAUGGAAUUUAAAGAAGGUCUGGCAUUCGGCAUCGACCAGCUGCUGGAGCCACCUGGACUGGGAGCAUUCUGCGAUGCAGUGAAGAACAGAACCACCUAUGGGCGUUGUGGAAGCUGCUUCUUCCCUCCACCUUGCCCCAGCUCAUCUAUUUACUUGGGAAACACAAUGCUUUGUUCAAGAUAUCGUCCAAGAUACACAUACCUAGACCUGGAACCUGGAAUUAGCAGACGGGGCUGUAUGAGAGUUUGUCAGGUUCCUUCCUGGGUCUCACAGUGCUGCAAAAACCACUACAGCAGAGACUGUAAAGUGUGUCCAGGAGGAGUGGAAGCUCCCUGUAGUCGCCAUGGUGACUGUGAUGAUGGUCUCACAGGUUCGGGAGUCUGUAGGUGCUACAAAGGCUUCAGAGGACAUUCCUGUCAACUCUGUGCCAGUGGCUACUAUGGCGUCAACUGCACAGCCUGCAGCUGUGGGACCGGACGCUGUGAUGAGGGCGUGGAUGGGACUGGACAAUGUAUUUGUGAGUCUGGAUGGGAAGGAGAUCGGUGCCAGAACCACAUCGACUCGGUCCCGGAGAACUGCAGACAAUGCCACGCUCAAGCUACAUGUGUGUCUCACGUUGGUUGUCAGUGUAAACCAGGAUUCGAGGGGAAUGGGACUUUCUGCAGCCUGAUGCCGCCCCCAGACCUCUGCUCCGAGUACAACGGUGGCUGUGACCUCAGUGCAGACUGCAACCAGACAGGACUGCUCGUGAACUGUACCUGCCGCAGCGGUUACCGUGGAGAUGGCUUCUCGUGUGAGCCUAUCAACAGAUGUGUUGAAGAGCAAAAUGGUGGCUGCAGUGACUUUGCCUCCUGCAAGUUCACUGGUCCUAACGAGAGAGAAUGUGAAUGUCUGCCGGGGUUUGUUGGUAAUGGAGUCCAAUGUCUGGAGAGGGCGGUGCCCCCCACGGAUCGCUGCCUUGAAGACAACGGAGGUUGUGACAUUGUGGCCACCUGCAAGGACCUUCAUUACCAUGCCAACACAGCCGGAGUGUUUCACAUCCGCUCCACGGAGGGGAAGUACAAGAUGAAUCUGAGUCAGGCUGAAGCUGCCUGCCAGGUUGAGGGUGCCACGCUGGCUACUUUCAAACAGCUGGGAGAUGCACAGCAGCUUGGGAUGCAUCUAUGUGUCGCCGGUUGGAUGGAGGGUGGGAAAGUUGGGUAUCCGACUCGCUUUCCUUCGGCUAAAUGUGGCGACAAUCACGUGGGUCUGGUCAUCUACAAAGACCCAGUGGACCAGGGCAGCAAGUUCGAUGCCUACUGCUACAGGCUCAGUGAUGUCUCGUGCUCAUGUCCUGAUGGUUACGUUGGAAACGGGGACUUCUGUAACAGCGUCCUGACCAGUGUCCUAGCUGCCAACAACGACUUCUCCAUCUUUUACAAGUUGCUGUUGGACCACAGUGGCUCGUCCUCAGAAGGAAAGCAGCUUGUUGAAGUUUUGACUCACAGGAAGUCGGACAUCACGCUGUUUGUCCCUCUUAACUCUGGCUUCACACCAAACCAGACUCUGUCAAGAAGAGAUCUGGAGUAUCACAUCUCAGCCAAUCACAGCAGACGACUUUUCAAAGACCUGAGAAAUCAGGAAGUCAUUGCGUCAAGGCUUGGGUUAAACCUGACAGUUACGCACUGCAACGAGAGCUGUACGCUAGUGAACCAGCGGCUGCUGCUGGAAUGGGACAUUCCUGCUGUGAACGGGAUCAUCCACGUCAUCGAGGCGCCACUGACUGCUCCCUCUCUACCGAUGGACCCUGGUGCUUCUCGACGCCAUGUCCAAGCCACCAGCACCGUGUUGGCCAUAUUAGUAAUGUUGUCGGUGUGUGCAUUGACUGCAAUUGGAUAUUACAUCUAUACAAACAAGAUGGAUGUCUUCCGCUUUCAUUAUUUCAAAAAUGAAGAUGAACAUACUACCAGUCCCACGUUGUUCUCCAUCCCCAACCCUCUAUACGGCGGCUCCAAAGCCUUUGAGGAACCGUUCGGGGAUACCUGUCAGGGAGCAGAACCCAAAGACCUCACAAACACCCUGGAGCUGGACCAGUAAAACCAGUGACCUCAGUCUUGUAGCAAAUGUUUACUGGAUCUGUCUUCCUGCUUUGUUUCAGUAUAUCUGAAUAUAAAUAAAGUUACCAGGUUGCUUAACUGGAUUUUCUCAGUGGUGUAAA